UAUUCGUCAUUCGCCUGGAGGGCAACUCAGACUGCAAGACAUUUUUUUAAUCCUCAUCACCUCUCAAGGAUGGAAAUCUAAUUUAAAGAUAGUUACAACAUUUUGAAUGCAAUCUGCAGAUGCUACAAGUUCAACCAUGGCUGUGACCAGCAUGGCCUUGCCUGACAGGAUGGGAACAUCUAGAGGUUUUGAUGACUACAGUCUUUACAGUGCUCUUUCAGAUGACGAGCUGAUACAGCUGGCCAUUGAACGUAGCUUCACAGAAGACCGCGGUUAUAUGAAUUCCAUUCAAUCAUCACAAGCUGGGUAUUGGCAACCCAAUUCCCAGCCAAACCAGUUUACCAACAAUCGGUUCAUAACCCGUAUCAGGGACACCUCUGCUGCAAUGCCCUUGUAUGACUUUCCCAGAAGGAGCUCAAACCCAGCCAAUCCACCUCCAAACCUCCCAAACGUCCAUUUUCCGGAUGUGAGCCACCUGGUGUCUGUGAUAGAGAAUGGUGAUGUAAAGACUUUAAAAAAGAUUGCAAUUUGCAACCCAAAGAGUCUCUUGGUAGCAAAUGAUGAUGGAUGGAUUUCUCUACACGAAGCUGCAUAUUACGGUCAAGAAGAAUGCCUCAAGAUUAUAUUAACAGUCCAUCCUGAAAUGGUGAACAGAUGCGGUACAAGCAAUCAGACCCCACUUCUUUUAUCUGCUGUUUGUCACCAUGUCAACUGUGUGGAGUGCCUUCUGGCUCAUGGUGCCAAUCCCAACAUUGCCAAUAAAGAUGGAGAAACGCCACUAUUCAAAGUGUGUUCAAAGCCCAAUAUAAAGAUUGUAGACCUCCUUCUGAGGUAUGGAGCCUCUGUGCACAAAAGUUGUGAUGCCGGUUUGACACCUCUCCAUGAAGCAGCCGGGAAUGACAAUGUGAAAAUUUGCCAGAUGUUGCUGGAGGCUGGGGCUGAACCUAAUGCAACCAAUAUCUAUGGGAUCAACUCUUUCUUUAUGGCAGCACAGAAUGGGGGAGUAAAUGUGCUGUCCUUUCUGAUGGUAAAAGGUGUUGAUAUCAACUGGCAGGCAAGUGACGGAGCAACACCCCUGUACGAGGCAAGUAAGAAUGGCCACAAGGAAGUUGUGGAAAUGCUUCUUUCAAAGAAAGCAGAUGCGAACAAAACAACCAACAAUGGUCUCCUACCACUUCAUGUUGCUGUCCAGAAAGGACAUUUUGACAUUGUGUCCAUGUUGAUUCCUGUCACCAGCAAGUACAGAGUGAAACGCACUGGCAUCAGUCCUCUCCACCUGUCUGCGGAGUGCAACAGGGACUGGAUCCUGGAGUUGCUUAUAGAGGCAGGCUAUGAUGUCAAUGUCCAGCUUUCAGAUGAUCGAUCCAAAAUGUAUGCAGACCGUCGUAGCACAGCGCUCUACUUCGCUGUUGCCAACAACAACAUAGAGGCCACCAAAAUUCUUCUAGAUGCGGGGGCUAACCCCAACCUUGACAUGUUAAACCCACUUCUGAUUGCUGUGAGGCGAGGUUGCAUAGAUAUGACCGUCAUGCUGGUGGAACAUGGAGCUAACAUGAAUGCAUCCAUCCUCACACACCCCUGCUCCUUCCCGGCGGGGAUCCUGCUCAGUAUGACAAACUUGCACUUUCUAAAGUUUCUGAUGGACAAUGGAUGUGAUGCCCGUUCCUGUUUUGACUGUACAUAUGGCAGCAAGCCACACCCACCCUUGGAAAUUUCAAGAAACAGAUUUUUGCAGCUCGCUUCGAAUCAGGACGAAACUCCGCGCAAAACUUGCGUCCAGUUCUGUGAGGCAAUUUCUGAACCAACAACAAGCCGCUGGGCAGGACCCAUCAUAGAUGUGCUCCUGGAUUAUGUUGGCCAUGUUAAGCUCUGCUCCCGGCUGAUCGAGCACCUGGAUAGCUACCCUGACUGGGCAGGGAUCAAGUUGAAAGCUAUGCCACCACAUUCGCUGAUGCAGCUGUGCAGACUGAAGAUUCGUCAGCAGGUUGGAAAUCAGAGGCUGAGGUGCAUCAACAAACUGCCCCUCCCAGAUAGACUAAUAGAGUUCCUCAACUAUAAUAAAGGAGAAUUACUGGACAUCUGAGAAAAAGGUUACAAACCAUCCCCAAUAUGCCGCAUUAACAUUUGAUGGUGGGGUUAAUUUAAGUGGUAAAAAAAAGCAACCGUUUUUCGUAGUGGAACAAGAGUUUGAGAAAUCAGAUCUGUUAUUAUUAUUUUUAUUAUUUCUUAAUACCUAAGGGAUGUUAUUAAACUAUUUACAAUUGUGAAAAAUUUGCUUUAAAACAUCAUUUUUGAACAGUUCCCUGGGGGUUAAACUGUUGAAAACAUCUGGUGUAGGUGAACACUACAAUUCAAAAGUUUGGGGUCUCUUAGAAAUGUUUGUUUUUGAAAGAAAAGCACAUUUUCUUUCCAUUAAAAUAACAUAAAAUUGAUCGGAAAUACAGUGUAGACAUUGUUAAUGCUGCAUAAGAGGCCAACCUCCUGGAGUUACCUCUUCACUGUUGAUGUUGAGACUGAAGUUUUGCAUGUACUAUUUAAUGAUGCUGCCAGUUGAGAACUUGUGAGGCGUCUGUUUCUCAAACUAGACACUCCAAUGUAUUUGUCCUCUUGCUCUGUAUUUCUGAUC